AUGACUAGCCUCCUCACGUAAGCACAGCAGACUAGUUAAUAAUUGCUUCCAGCAACAAGUAGUCCAUUCACUUCUGACAACAGGACGGCGUUGAGUACGGCUUUGCAAUCGAACCUCAGUACCCUGCCUCCCACCCUUGUCCCACUUUUCAUCGUUCAAGGAAGCCCUGUUUCCUGAAUGUAAUUUCUCCCUGCUCACUGAUGGUGCCACAUCAAAACUGUGAGCAAACAGAUUGUAACAACUGUACAACUUCCUGAGAACAAGCAGCAAGCUGGUUUCAGUGGUUUCUGUGUGACCUAACAUUGACUUGCACUGCACUGACAAAGAUAUUUUUGUCUCCGGACCCAGACUUGCCUCCUGUGAUUAAAGAAAUGAUCACUGUGCAUUUCAGACUGACACUCGGCCUUCUCUUCUUGGUUGGAGACUCCUUACCGGAGCCCAUACAGUGUGAAGAAAAUCAAAGUUCUGUGACAGCAACGAGAAGCGACACAGUUUAUCUGCCUUGUUCCUUCAGGCCCGAUAGGCAGCUGGAUAAGCUGUUGGUGUCCUGGCAAAAGAAAGACCAGAAUGCAACUCUGGUUGUGCACGCAAAGAGGCAAGGGGGUGAGGCUCAAGAACAGCAAGACAGCAGCUUUAUAAACCGCACGGCGCUCUCUCCUGCCUGGAAUGAAACAGGGAACGUAACCCUGCAGCUCCGAGCAGUGAGGACCUCAGAUUCCGGGAACUACACGUGUUUCAUAAGAGCAGGGCAACGUCCCAGAAUCUGUGCCUCACUGCAGCUAAUAGUGAAUUCAGGGACAUUUCUAAUCUAUGCACACCUCUCUACAUGGAUGACAAUCCUGUUCCUGCCACUGAUGAAGAUUAUAUUAUGAUGGUCACUCCUCUUCCUCCCUGUAGCCUGGACCUCUGGGUUCUACCUUCCUUCCUCACACACCCUUGACUAGAGAGUCUCAGAACACAGUCUCUGAACAUGAGAAGGGUCAGCCAUUUUGGACCGAGAUGAGGAGUAGCAUCUUUGCCUGAAAGCAACAGAACUCUCCUCCUCCUUUAAAGUUUGUGGGUUAGAGGGAGCUCAAUCGCUGAGAAUAUUCAAGACAAGAGGCCAAAGGAUUUUGAUCAGCAAGAAUGCAAUCCAGAGGGUAGGGUGAAAUUAGGGAUGUGGAUCAUGGGGCUAAGCCAGAAUUCGUUACCCAUGACUGUCUGCAUCCAUAAACAUCCACUCCCUCCACCACUGAUGCUCAGUAGCAGCAGUGUGUACUGUCUGCAAGAUGCACCGGAGAAAUUCACCAAAGAUCCUCAGACAGCACCUUCCAAACCCAUGACCACUUCCAUCUAGAAGGACAAGGACAACAGAUACAUGGGAACACACCUUCAACUUGCCCUCUGAGCCACACAACAUCUGGACUUGGAAAUAUAUUGCCUUUCCCUUCACUGUUGUUUGGUCAAAAUCCUGGAAUUCCCUCUCUAAGGGCAUUGUGAGUCAACCCACAGCAGGUGGACUGCAGCGGUUCAAGAAGGCAGCUCACCACCACCUUCUCAAGGGGUAACUAGGGACAGGCAAUAACUGCUGACCAGCCAGUGAUGCCCAUGUCCGAAUAAUGAUUAUAUAAAAAGAAGGGAACUGGCUUUGAGUAGGUGGCAGUGUGCCACCGACAGCACUGAGGACCCUAAAGCUUUCAAACCAUUGGCAUUUCUUGGACAGUCUCAAGUCACUUUAGCCCCACUUUCAGGACAAGACAGAGACAACUGGGUGGUGGUUUAACCUGAGGGUCAUCACGCCUCAGGCAAGGGGAACGGUUGAGAAGGAGAGUCUUUUGAUAAACAAUUGCCCAAUCAACUGAGCUAACAAACCCCCAACAGGAACCAACAAAACUAGUGAUGCCCAAAUCCUGUGAACAAAUUUUAAAAAAUCGACGGGGAGAUAAACCAAAUGUAGAGGGGUUCUGUUUAUUUUUCUCUUGUGUCAUUGGUGAAUAUCACCAUAUUUAAUUACCCUUGAACUGGGUAGCUUAUUCAGCAGGCUUCAGAUAACAACCAUGCAGGAAGUUUGAUAUUUGAAUGGUAAAUCUUUGUUUUCAGAAAAGGGGGAUGUUGCAACAUAAUGUUCAUAUACAUUUAGUGAGCCAAUCGUAGGCAAUCAUUGAUGUAUUAAGCAUAUGACAGUCUGAAGUAUCAGUGGUUGGACUCAGAUGUACAACACCCACAGUGUUUGCAAAUCUAUUGUCUGUCUCAUCCAAAAAUAAAGCACACAUUUUCUUGCUUCAA